UUGCAAAUUUAAUUCGGUCAUGAGCACGCGUCUUGCGAAAAUAGAAAUUUUAAAUUCGAUAUCCUGAAACGAAAAAGUUGACAUUUUAAAUAAGGAAUGUUAUCAACAUUGAAUGCGGAAAUGCUUAACAUUUCCACCAUGGUUAAUGCCACCAUGGUUAAUUCCACCACGGUUAAUUCCACCUUGGUUCAUUCCACCACUGCAGUAACUCCUUUAAGCUUUAAUGUUACCACGGAAAAGAAUUGGAAUGUUACGGUUUAUGGAAACUCCUCAACGAACUGGAAUGGCACUGGUGAUUGGAGUCCUUUUUAUCCUAUACCAGUACCAAUACCGGUACAAACUCCCUCCUACAACUAUGGCUAUGGCUACUACUAUACUUACGCCUACAUUUACUAUUGUCUUUUGUUGUUGCUGUUGAUUGCCGCCCUGAUUUGCAUAAAGUUGGGUUUGAAUCGACGUAGACAAUUGCAAAUUCAAGCUGCUGCCCUGCAAAGGAGAGCUCGUCAACAAGCUGAAAGUGCUGGCAACUCUAACACUACUGCUACCGUAGGCGGCGAGAGUAGUUGCCAAAUGGAAACCACCAAAGUUGCCGAUUAUCCCCCAGCUUACGAUGACAUUAUUCAAGCCUCAUCUGAAGUCAAGGUACCUAUCCAGGAUAAUGCUACCAGCGCUGCAGGCAAUCAAAUCGUGGACAAUGCCAACGCCAUAUCAACCAUCACCAUUGAGACAGAUAUUCCCAGCAAUGUAGCAAACAACAAUGUCAGCGAGAAGUCCAAAGACCCUAGCAUAGUCUAAGGCCAAGUACACUGUCCCAAAUAAAAACUAUCAACAAUAUUUUAUACCUAUAAAUAAUACCAAAGCAAAAAACUAUAUUCUUGAAGACUUUUAUAUGGAUAUUAAUCGUUAUUGAUAUUUUGUGCUAGAAGUCUAGCUACUAAUGAUUCACAAUCAAUUUGGUUAAAAUCUUUCUGAACUCUAAAAUACGGUCGCUUUUACGUAUUAUUACACUAUCAUAUAUGUACAUCAAACUGUUAAGAGAUCUAUAAACUCGCUACUUAACCAUGUUAACAAAAAAAAGUAUAUCUCAGUUUUAGUUGACAAUAAAAAUAAAAUAAUAAUAAAAAUC